AUGCUUAGCUGCUUAAACCCCUUAAAGAAAGCUAUUGAUGAUAAAGUUGCGUGGCGCAAGACAGAGCCAACCAUAAUAAAAGUUAUCAAAGAAAUAUUUUUAUGGCUGGUUUAUUUAGGAUUGUUUGGCUAUUUAGUUACAUUGUUUAUUAAACUAGUAAACGAUAAACCAUUGCAAAUUAUUACCUCCGACUAUAAGUCAGAAAUUAAACCGCCACGUAUCCUGUUUUUUGGCCCUUUUGAAUUUGAAGUAGAUUGUACCUUCUAUGUGACAUAUGGGAACGAAGCCGGAUCAAACUCCAAUUGUUCAACUAACCUAUUUGUCGAUAAAUAUAAUCUAGAAUCAAAUGAAUACAUGUACACAGUGGAGUUUUACACAAACGACGAUAAUGUUAACUUCUCUAAUAAUGGGCUCAGCUUGAUUGAGUUUAAACUUUUAUUAACUAAUUCUUCGAAAAGUUCCAUUAAAUCUGAUGAGUACUUGUGUGCUGACUUGUUUGAUCAUGAUUCGAAGUUGGGAGUUGAUGAAAAGAAUAUAACCAAUUACGCUUUGUUUGAGCAGCUUUAUAAACAGAAUGAGUAUUUUCUUUCUCCACACCAG